CCUGGAGAUCAGAGAGGAAGAGACAGACCUCUCGGCAACGCCAGCGGCAUUUAUAGCAGCGGGUUGCCUAGCAACGCUAUAGACCUACACAGUGCGUGUCAAUCGUUUUUAAGAUGGAAAAUAAAACCGUACUUUAUUUCUAUUUCUAUUUGUAUUGUAUAGUGACGUCUUAGCAUGCGGGUGGAAAUCUUCCUCCGUGCGUCAUGACGUCCAACCGGAAGCAAUGACUAAACGGUCGGGUACCUUGUGUUGGUGAAUUCAGCGGCUUCUUUUCGGAGAACUUGCAAGUCCCGAGGACUUUGGUUCAUCUUCUUGCAGUGCAUUUUGUGCUCCGGCUUUACGUUUCCCGUUUAGCUCCAUCAUGUCGGAGACGCAGCUGCUCAGACUGCGGGUCAACGAGCGACUGGCGGCAGCCGUCGAGGAAAUCUUCGGACUCGUAGAGAACACGAUAAUGGAGUAUAAGGAGGAAGCUGUCCGCUCCAAGAAAGAAAUCAUCCAGCUGAAGCAGCAGAUCGAGCAGCUGACCGUUUUAAAACCAGAAGUUCUUCUAAACAGAUCAGACACCAGUCCGGUUUCUGAAGAACUGCCUCCUUCAUUGCAGCAACGAUUCAUUAAGAGAGAAGAGAUUCUCCUUUUGGAGGAAACCGAGAUCCAGAAUCCCGCACAGAUCAAAGAGGAGGAGGUGGAGCUGUGCAUUAGUCCAGACAUGGAUGCUGACACGUCUGACGAGGAUGAAGUCAGAAAUCCUAAUUCAGACCCUAACUCUGAGCUUUUCAUGGCUCCCACGGCUGAAACGAGUAGCGUAAACGAAAGCGUAGACGAAGAAUGGAACGAAAGAGAUGGCUCAUCUUCCUCCCGCCAGGGUCGAAGCGUCGAGGUCUUUGUCGGCCUGGAACAGCCUCCGAGAGGGGACAAGUCCUGCCGUUUUUGCGGAAAACACUUCAGGAAGGACUCUUUCCUUAUCAGACAUGUAGCCAAGAGUCACAAAGGGCACAAAGCCUUUAAAUGCCUGGAGUGCAAAAAGGAGUUUGAACAAAGGUACCAUAUCAUUCAACACAUAAGAAUUCACACCGGCGAGAAGCCCUUUAGAUGCGACUACUGUGACAAGACAUUCGCUCAGAACUCCAGUCGUAUUGUACACAUGAGGGUGCAUACUGGAGAGAAGCCAUAUUUUUGUAAUAAAUGUGGCAAAAGUUUUGCCAUCAGCAGUCACUUGAGAUUUUGCAAAGGUACAGAAAAGAAAAGCAGCCGCGACUUUCGCUGCUUAACAUGCGGCCGAUAUUUUCAGAGCGACUCAAACCUGAAGGUGCACAUGGAGAUUCACGAGUCAUGGAAACGGCACAUGAGUGAGAAACUACAAGAACAGGAUGUAGAAGAGGAGAACCCUUAAAGCUGUGUGACGAAACGUUGCUAUGGGUCACCAAAUGUUAUUCUUAAAAUGUACUAUUCUGUGGUCUUUUUAUCAACUACAAUCUCUCAAGCAUGUAAAAUAACAUUGCGCCAUAUUCCUUUGUUUUGGAUGUGUGUUUACGAAGGAGCAGCAGGUCACUUUGUCCUUGUAGAAGCUGAUGUAUAGAAGCAAACUGAGCAUGACAAUAGUCACAGGACCACGUAUGUGCUUUUUAUUUUUUAGAAAACCCUGCUCCUUGUGCCUUUUUUUUAAGCAGCCAUGAAGCUGGAACACAUGUCAUCUGGUGUAGGACGUUGAAAUGAUUCACUGUAAAACUAACUUUGGGGAGGAAAUAUUCACUCAACGGUGUCUUGCUACAGAGAAAACCUCCCCAAUCAUCAGCACACUGUUCAGUGAAAUAUGAAUAAGAUGAUUAGAGGAAAACGAUGACGCUAACAAUGCAGGAACACAUGACAUAAUAUUACGAUCUCCUCACACCUCCCUGGUGAAAAACAAUCACAUGAUCAAAACUCUUCACUCCUUCAUUUCAAAGGAAAAGUACACUGUACGGUGCACUGCCAACGUUUGUCCUGGAUUUAAAAAUCAACGGCCAAACUGCCUUAGAUGAUUUCAUCAGCUGGGUGGUAAUAAACAGCAUUAGUACGGCCUGAUAACUCAAAUAACACAGUAUUUGUGAAACCAUGGUGAACAUCCAUUGUUGUUGAUUUUUGUUUUUAUUAAAACAAAAAUCAUGUUAUGUGAAAUAUGUCAUCUAAUACUUUGUCCUUUUGUGAAUAAAGAUUAUACCCAUCA